GCGGUUCAGUGACCUCAGCAGUGGGUUGUACCGUGAGGGUGGGAUCUCCAGGAGAGAGAGAGAGAGAGAGAGAGAGCUCCAGCCCCGUGUGUUCCUGCCUCUCUCUCUCUCUGAGGAUCUAUGCGGCUUCAUCGGUAGCACACACGGACUGCUUGUACCUUUCACACCCGCAGAAAAAGGCUUCCACACCGGACCUGGACCUCUUUAUUUUCUUCCCACAUGCGCCUCCAAUCGGAAUAAUUAAUAGAGGAAUGUGGAAAUUACAGAAUGCCCACCAGCGCUGGAAAGAGAUUUAAACCCACCAAAUACAUCCCGGUGUCCACUGCUGCCACACUGCUCGUGGGGUCCACCACUUUAUUUUUCGUUUUCACUUGCCCCUGGUUGACUAAGGUGAUCUCUUCCGCUGUGCCUCUCUACAAUGGCGUGGUCUUCCUCUUCGUUUUGGCCAACUUCAGCAUGGCAACCUUCAUGGACCCUGGUGUUUACCCCAGAGCCGACGAGGACGAGGACAAGGAUGAUGACUUCAGGGCACCACUCUACAAGAACGUGGAGAUCAAGGGCAUUCAGGUCCGGAUGAAGUGGUGCGCCACCUGUCACUUCUACAGGCCGCCUCGGUGCUCGCACUGCAGCGUCUGUGACAACUGUGUGGAGGACUUCGACCACCACUGUCCCUGGGUAAACAACUGCAUUGGACGGAGGAACUACCGCUACUUCUUCCUCUUCCUGCUCUCUCUGAGCAUCCACAUGGUUGGAAUUUUUUCCUUCGGCCUCAUCUUUGUCCUUCACCACAGAGAGAGGCUGGGAACGCUGCACACCACCGUCACUCUGGUGGUGAUGUGUAUAGCAGGGCUUUUCUUCAUUCCAGUCAUGGGGCUCACAGGCUUCCAUAUGGUGCUCGUGGCUCGAGGUCGAACAACCAAUGAACAGGUGACUGGAAAGUUUCGUGGAGGAGUGAAUCCCUUCACCAGGGGUUGCUGUGGCAAUGUGGAGUAUGUCUUAUGUAGUCCUCUGGCACCGAGUGUGGUGUCCAAACACAGGUACACGCUGGACCCCAGAAAAAAGCCCCACAUCAAAAUCCAGCCCCCGUUCAUCAGACCAGAUCUCUCAGACCGGCAGGUAACCAUUAUGGUCAGUGACAACGGCAUCCACAGCACCAUCGUCAGCUCCAAGUCCAAAAGCAGCCUGGACGGCCUGGAUGAAAGAGAAACCCAGCCACCGCUGCCGCCCAAAGCUGACAGGUACAACCAGCUGAAAGGCCAGAUGACCUCCGGUGAAGAGAGUUCUCUUUCUGGUAAAACCCACCCCUCCACUCCAGCCAUGUACAGAUUCAGGCCGUCCUUCGGCACCAUGCCGAAGGUCCACUACCACGCUGCUGGAGAGAAGAUUGUCAUGCCAGAUGAUCGGAAGACCUCAGCCAUCUUGGAAGAGGGUGUCCGUGGUCACGACUACCGAUCCGAGCCAAACCUCGACCUGCCUGAGUACACCAACACUCCCCUCCACCGCACCUUUCAAUCCUCUCCCCUCCAGCUGGACUCUGACCCCAUCAACUCCCGCUCUCUCAGCCUGAAGCAAGGUCACCGCCGGCCGGAGAAGGGCCAGCUCCCGGCCCUGCAGCCGCAUACAGUCACAUCCACCCCCUACAAGAGUGUCUUCUCACCCAACACACUCUCCAACCGUAAUGGCAGUCUGUCCUACGACAGCCUGCUCAACCCCAGCAUCUCCCCAGCCGCUGCCAGUGAAUGCAUGGCCCAUCGUGGUAUGCCCUCCAUUGGGUUCCACUCGCCCUACCUGCCCACUAAAAUGUGCCACAUCCGGGAACCUGAAAUGCAGAGGCAGCAGGUUGCCCCUGCCUACAGUCCAGUAAUGCCACCCAGAAGGGUGGGCAGGCAAUCCCCUCACCCAAGGGACAGGGACCCAUCCCCUGUGCGCUAUGAUAACCUCUCCCAGACCAUCAUGGCCUCCAUUCAGGAGCGAAAGGAGACGGAGGAGAGGGAGAAGCGGCAGAUGCUGCAUGGGCGCUCCCAGACUCACAUCUAUGUGCAGGAUUCUGGUGUGUUUGAUGGGGGCUAUGGUCUAUCCCACAACGCAUGCUAUCCAGAUGGUCCUCAUGGCCCCAGUUCCAGGGGCCCAACACCCCCAGCCUAUGGAGGCUCCAGGGACAACCUGAUGGGGGUCGGGCUGUUGAGCUAUGGCCAGCGAACCCCUGUGCUGCGCCAUGCUGGCUCCACGCUGGGCCGUGCGCCUAGGACUUCCUCCACCUCCCUGCACAAUGAUCACAGUAGCACCAACAGCAGCCAGAGCAGGGCCACUGGCUCUGAGGGCCUCUAUCGCUCCCCCACUCACCAGCCCCACUCCCCUGCUAUGCCCCGAUCUCCCUCCUACACUCAUCAGAAAUACUCCUUCAUCAGUGCUCAUGAGAGGAUGGACUCGCCUCGUCUCGGGGGCCCGAGAGAGGCCAUGAAAGUUAACGGGCAGAUGGACUGCCACCCCGGUACCCAGGGUGCCAACCUCAGCCCCAGUCGCCACAGUAACGUCAAAAAGGUGACAGGCGUAGGGGGCACCACAUAUGAGAUAUCAGUGUGAGCUUGGACGCCACAUCCACCUCUGACGACAACAGCAGCCACCCUGUGACAAAGAGAUUCUUCAUCUCUGUUACUUUUUGUGUCUUGAUAACAUCCAGUCAGGGGCACACAGCGCUCUGUGUUUUUGGAGAUAUUGUCCAAUCAGAGGACCUGUCUGCUCUUGUGUAGGUCUGUCCGGCCAAAUGCCUGCGUAUGGGUCAUUUGUUGAUACUGCUGCAGUCUGUGCUGUAUGUGCGAGGAGUGUCGUCAUUACAUUUUGUGGCUUGUCACCUUUGUUGUAAGAGUGGACCGUCCAAUGAGAUUGUCAAUGUUAUAACUGUUGUCUCUCAGAUGUGCUCAUGAAGCGUACGUGCAACAAACAAAUCAAUAAAACACACAACCUCACCACGGCCCGCUGUGAGAGGAGACUUGAUGUCAACUCACCUCAAGGAGCCAAAGUGCUUCACGUUAACCUGUACUGUUCAAGUCAUCUUCAGCUCAAGUGGUGGGGUUAUGCAGCUUUGAGGACGGAUGAGUUAGAUUAACGAGAGAUGGUGAGAACGUUUUUUAGAUCAUGUCUGGUGGCUGUGUUGCAGAUUCACUGAGAAAGGUUUCCUUUAACUGCAACUCCCACCUUUGUGCAACAUAAUUCUCUCAGGAAUGAAUGCAGGCAGCAGAGAGGGUGGGAUAUGAUGUUACGUUCAUGAAUCAUGAAUGUCUAUUUCUUCGUCUCAAGUCGAGUGCAGAUAAUGAUCCCCCUUGAGGUGCAGUAAGUCACGGUGGGCUUCUAUUAGUUUUAGUGAGGUUCAGUCAGCUGAGUUCCGACAUGACACAAGAGCCAGGAAGAUGGUCAGUGAUGUCCAAAAGUCUGAGACCACUUCCCAAAAGCUGUCUCUGACAUUUGGACGUAACUGUAGGUGCAAGUUUUCUUUAUCCAGUCCAGAGUGAGUCCAGCCUUGCACCAUCCAAACCACAUCUCUGCUAAUGUUUUGUGUAAAAAGAAAAAGAGUAAAAAGUUUCGUAAAAAUGUUUGUGUUAUUAUAACAAUAGGAUUUGGAAGGGUGAAGAAAAAAAAGCCAUUGUCCCGUGUGGUAAACUAAAGAUAACUGGUCACCCAUUCAUUAUUUUGUAAUUUUUUUUAAUUGGUUUGUUUCCUUUUUAUAUACCCAACCUUGAAAAAAAACUGUUUGAUACAUCUUUUUAUACAGAUACUUAAGCCUGGAAUGGAUGUUUUAUUUUGAGUGGAGUUUCUUGUUGAUAAAUUAUAUAUAUACAGUAAAUGAAUGAGAUCAUGGAUAAUGGGUAAAAAUCCAUCAAGUAAAAUAAUAUAGCUUGUUAUAACUUGCAGUGUAAAAAAUAUAUAUGAUGAAAUGUAAUAAGCUAUGUGAUGUUGAAGAAGUGUACACAAUCUGUGACUCGUAUGUGUUGUGGACAAGUCGAGGAUUGGGCUCUCAGCAGAGGCAGAUGAGAUUUCGGUGACAAAAGCGGCGACAAACCAUCUCAACUUCUCAAAGACGGCAAACAGGUGACAUCAUAACUUUGUGCAGCAGCUGUCUGGUACAGCUUCACACCACUCAGAGUUAAAUGGAACUUGCUUUCUUUUUUUUGGAAUUUUUGCUGGUAUUCAGUCUCAUAACAUGAUUUACUUUUGACCAUACAAAUGAACUGAUAAGGGUCAGGUUUUUAUUUAUAUUUUGCAUCAACAGAAUAAAUCAACACGUUGUAGAGCGGUAGAUUUAGUCCAACUAUGUUUGCAUAAAGAAUAAACCAUUGUUGCCUUUUGAGAGGAAAAGCUGUUUCAUCCAUAAUGAAAUGUAAGUGGUUGACACACUAUUAUACAUGAAAGGACAAUGAAUUAUUACUUAUUACUCCUUUUGUAUACAAAACAACAAAAGACAGAAGUGACACAGCUCAAAGUGAGUAAAUUUGAUGUUAGAAAGUUCUGGGAGAACAGCUAAUGUACAAAGGGAUUCGUGAUCUAGUUUAGAGGAGAAUUCAAGUAUUUUCCAACUUGGGCUCUUUGUAAAUGUGGGGAAAAAGUGGAGUUCCUGGACAGUUGCCCCAUUAAAAUACAUUACAUUGUAGUCACUGCUGCCAAAUCAUGACUGCCAGCAGGGAGAUGAUCUACUGGACCGAUUCCAAACGUUUUUUACCAUUCAUUUACACACCCACAUUUAUAAACAGGGCCAAGAUUGAGGAAAAAAACCCCACAAGAUAUAAAAUGAUUCUUCCCAUUUCUUGUUAGGUUUAGUUUCUGCAGAGAUCAGCAUAAAGAACAGUGAUGUGGUAGUCUUGGUUUCUGGUUGAAUGUUACUGGAAACUUGCUAGUUACAACAAUCUGACCUGUGCGGUCUCACCCAGCUGCCUUACCACAAAUACAGUAAUGUGAGGUGAAACACGACACCAUUCAAGUGUUAGAAAGUGGUUUCUGUUCCAAGUCUGUGGUACACAGGGCUAUACAUGUAACAAAUCUGAUGACCGUCAACAGAACAGCUAACAGCCACAUCUUGAAAUACCUGAGUGGACCGUUAGCUGCUGUGCUGCCUGAACAGACCCCUCCCUCCCUGAUCCCCUCCAGUUUGACCACAUAUCAAAACACUGUCGAUGUCAUUCCUAUUUAAGAUGACUGCCAUUAGUCCAAUGUUCUUGUUUUAGGGAUGGACAUCACUGCAGGUCAGGGACCAUUCCUGACAGUCCAUAAUGAAUCUGUUCUAUCAGCCACGAGCUGAUGUUUUCUGAAACUCAAAUAGAAAGUUAAAGUUGUAUAAAAAAAUAUAGAAUAUACUAUAAAUGUACAUGCGUUCCUAUUUUUGUGAAGAGGAAAUAUUUCCCAAUGACCUGAGCAAAGUAAAUAAAGUUUUCAUCGCUGAGUGAAUAAGAUCCUUGUGAAUUAAAAUUUUUUGAUCUGAUCUUUAGCUAGCCCAGGAAACAAGUAAUGUUUUUUUCUGAAUGCAUGUGAACGUGGUGUUUGACAGCUUUUAUUCGAAGGUGGCGGAAACAUUUCAAAUCAUUUGAGUGCAAAUGAAAAGCAACAUUUCAUCCAUAUACAUGUAUUUACAGAUGCACUGGCACUUGGAUGCACUUUAAGAGGCAAGGUUAAGAACUUAAUUAGUGGAAAGAAAGGAGAGGGGGUGAGCACACAGAUCUGAGAGGGCACACUCUGUUACAUAUACUCUACAUGCUUUAAACUUUGGGAAUGUUAUGAUCUAAAUGAUACACACCAUUACCUGGUGUGGAACUUAAGUCGGAGCAUAGCUGCGCCAAACUCUGGUGAACCGUUCACUUUAGACUUAAUGGUUUAAAACAAAAAGGGAAUGAAAUAAAAAGCUUAGCUAAGUGCAUCUGAUCUAUCAGUAGGUCAGCUAUCAGUGGACACUGAUGUGCAGCACGCAUCUGAUGCCCUUCAACUGUGUGGAGGGGAUUCCUCCUCUAGUCAGUUCCCAACAGGAGUGAUGCAGGGAGGAACUGAGAGAGCUAUUUUCUACAAGACAUUCGCUGAGAAGUCUUCAUCUUACUUGCUGUUGCUAACAGUGGAAGCAUGGACAGUGGGUAAAAAGGACCCACUGAGAUGAAUCAUGGUUUUUUUAGAUUUAUAACGCACCUCCAUAAUGCCUGGUCCCUGACCCUGUGCUGCUUACAAGCAGGCUACAUUAUCGCCUCCCUCCUUAAAACAAACCGCUUCAGAAUAACAAAACAAAAAAUACCCCAAUGUGGGAAUUAUCACUAUCACAAGCCUCUUUUCACAGUUUGUCAAUCGUAACAUUGAACUGUAGAUGACAAGAAUGGAAAGUGUGGCAUUCCCAUUGCAAAGAGGGGAAGAGGUGGGAGGGAAAGGGGGUCUUUUUUUCAUAAAUUCUCUAUCUUGUAUUUUUUUUCUCCUCAGCGGCAUCAAGGACUUGUGAUCUUGAGGCAAAACAGAAU